GUGUGAUCGCUCAGAGAGGCGGUGUGGCUGCAGAGAGGCGCUCGUAUGCUUCGCUCAUACGCACUUUAAACAGGAUGUAGCGACUGACACAGACCACAGAGAGACGAAAGAGAAAGAGAAAAGGGAGGAAAAAAGCGGCUUCAAAUCUGCGAUGUGACAAAACGCUCCUGAGCCAGAAAUGAGCGCCACAGCGGAGCAGCAGAAGCAGACAGGAGGAGUCCCGAGGAGGCACCUCACCGCCGGCAGGUCUUGACGGCUGCUCCCGCUGACCUGAGACGCUGAGCUCCGCCGCAGAAGAGCACCGAUCACCCACACGGUCCAACCCCAGCAGAGCCCAAAUACUCCACAUCCCGUCGGGGGAACCUUGAAAGCGACCAUGGCGAGCCAGGGCGACUGCUGUGUGAAGGUUGCGUUGAGGAUUCGUCCUCAGAUGGCCAAGGAGAAGAUUGAGGGCUGCCAUGUGUGCACGCUGGUCACACCCGGAGAACCACAAGUCCUCCUGGGAAAGGACAAAGCAUUCACCUAUGACUUUGUGUUCGAUAUCGAUUCAGAGCAGCACCACAUCUACCAGGCCUGUGUGUACAAGCUCAUCGAGGGCUGCUUCGAGGGCUACAACGCCACUGUGUUCGCUUAUGGUCAGACGGGCUCAGGGAAGACCUACACCAUGGGGACGGGCUUCGAUGUGAGCCUGACUCAGCAGGAGCAGGGCAUCAUCCCUCGGGCUGUUCACCAGCUGUUUGAGGGAAUACAGACCAGGAGGGUUCGAGCCCAGCAGGCCGGCACCCAGCCGCCCGAGUUUAAAGUCAGCGCCCAGUUCCUGGAGUUGUAUAAUGAGGAGAUCCUGGACUUGUUUGAUGGAGCCAGAGAUCCAGAGAGUCGGAGCAGGAAGUCCAACAUUAAGAUCCAUGAGGACGCCAGUGGCAGCAUCUACACCACUGGAGUCACUUCUAGGCUGGUUCACUCUGAGGAGGAGCUGCUGCAGUGUCUGAAGCUCGGUGCUUUGUCCCGGACCACAGCCAGCACCCAGAUGAACGCCCAGAGCUCCCGCUCGCACGCCAUCUUCACCAUCCACCUCUGUCAAAUGAGAGUCUGUCAGCAGCCGCAAAUGAACGGAGGAGGCGAGAACGGAGAGCUGAAUGGUGUGGACUCCAGCCCCAUCGCCCAGCCGGGGUUUGAGACGCUGAUGGCCAAGUUUCACUUUGUGGACCUCGCUGGCUCUGAGAGGCUCAAACGUACCGGAGCUACCGGAGAAAGAGCCCGAGAGGGAAUCUCUAUUAACUGUGGUCUGCUGGCUCUGGGAAAUGUGAUCAGUGCUUUAGGGGAUCAGACCAAGAAGGGAGGCCACGUCCCGUACAGAGACUCCAAACUCACCCGACUGCUACAAGACUCACUGGGAGGCAACAGCCGCACAGUGAUGAUCGCCUGUGUCAGCCCAUCUGACCGGGACUUCAUGGAGACGCUGAACACACUGAAGUAUGCCAAUCGAGCCCGAAACAUCAAGAACAAGGUGGUGGUGAACCAGGACAAGACGAGCCAGCAGAUCAGCGCCCUGCGUGCUGAGAUAGCCCGACUGCAGAUGGAGCUGAUGGAGUACAAGGCGGGGAAGCGUGUAGCAUGUGAGGAUGGUUCCGAGGGCUACAGUGACCUGUACCAGGAGAACGCCAUGCUGCAGAGAGAAAGCGACACACUGCGCCUUCGAGUUAAGGCCAUGCAGGAGACCAUCGACCACCUCAACACCCGUGUGACACAUCUGCUGGCCAAUGAGGUCAGCACUCUGCUCACCAAGUCCAGUGAGGGCAAUGAGGAGAUUGGGACUCUAAUACAGAACUAUAUUCGAGAGGUUGAAGAACUCAGAACCAAACUUCUUGAGAGCGAAGCCAUGAAUGAGUCAUUGCGACGCCAGACGGCCCGACUUUCAGCGCGUUCUCCGUUCCCUGCCUCCAGUCUCAGCCCGGCCCCCGGUCACCCCCCUGGAUCUUCUCCUGCCCCCAUGUCCAUGGAGGCCGAGAUGACGGACGUGUUACGCCGAGCCAAGCUGGACAUCGAGAGGCUGAAGAAGAAGGAGAGGAGGCAGAGGAGGAUGAGUCCAGAGUUGGAGAAAGGGUUGAAAAAACGAGUAAAGCUGCACACUCAUGAGAACGGAGAGAACGGGCAAAGUGGGGAAAACGGACAGAACGGAGAGAUCGAUUCAGAUGACAAUUACACCGAGGACAUCAUGUCUCCGCUGCAGGAGGAGAGUGGUUGUGAUGAAGAUGAGGGGGAGGAUGAGGAGGAGUGCAGGGAGGAGGAGGAUGAGUUCGACAGUGACGAGAGCCUGGUAGAUUCAGAUUCGGAUUCAGAUGAGAAAGCUAAUUUCCAAGCGGACCUGGCAGACCUGACCUGCGAGAUUGAAAUCAAACAGAAGCUGAUAGAUGAGCUGGAGAACAGUCAACGGAGGCUGCUGAUGCUAAAGCUGCAGUAUGAGGAGAAGCUCAUCCUGCUGCAAAACAAGAUCAGAGACACACAGCUGGAGAGGGACCGUGUGCUACAGAACCUCAUGUCCAUGGAGAACUACACGGAGGAGAAAGCCAACAAGAUCAAACAGGAGUACGAGAAGCGUCUUAAGGAGAUGAACCGUGAUCUACUCAAGCUACAAGCAGCACAGAAGGAACAUGCACGACUCCUCAAAAACCAGGGGAGGUAUGAAAGGGAGCUGAAGAAACUCCAGGCUGAAGUCAACGAGAUGAAGAAAGCCAAGGUGGCGCUGAUGAAGCAGAUGAAGGAGGAGCAGCAGAGGAGGAGGAUGGUGGAGGCAAAGAGGAACCGUGAGAUCGCACAGCUGAAGAAGGAGCAGCGACGACAAGAGUACCAGAUUCGAGCGUUGGAGUCUCAGAAGCGGCAGCAGGAGCUGGUGCUGCGCAGGAAGACUCAGGAGGUGACUGCCCUGCGGCGCCUGGCCAAACCCAUGUCGGAUCGUGUAGCUGGACGUGUGGCCCGCUGGAACCAGACUCCCCCAGUUACAGACUCUGGAGCCGAGUUGUCGGCCUGCACAACAGCUAGCAGCUCUGAGCCUGAGACUGCGAGGACCGUCAGCGGUUUGGUGCGACAGUGGAACAACAAGAACAGCGUGUACGGAUACCUGGGAGAGAGUGAGGGCAGCAUAGAUGGAACACGGGUCAUUGGCAGUAGGAAGAAGUUGCAGCGUAAGCCAGCAGGCCUCGGCAGCGUUGCAGCUGCAGGCAGAGCCAGCAGUUUCUCCAAAUCUGCCCGUCAGAAGUGGCAAGCCCUCGAGCGUCGUAUUAUGGACAUUGUCAUGCAGAGAAUGACCAUCUCUAAUGUGGAAGCUGACAUGGAUCGCCUUAUCAAGAAGCGGGAAGAGCUGACAGUCCAGCAAGAAGCGCUCUCACAUAAGAGGGAGGUUCUGAUGGCGGACGGAGAGGGGCCAGAAGCUGAGGACCGCCUCCUUCAGGAAAUUAAUGAGGACAUCGAGGUGCUGAAUGCCAACAUAGACUACAUCAAUGACAGUCUGUCAGACUGCCAGGCUACCAUUGUACAGAUAGAGGAGACCAAGGAUGAGCUGGACUCAGUGGACACCUCAGUGGUGAUCAGCUCCUGCUCUCUGGCUGAAGCACGCCACCUGCUGGACCACUUCCUGAAGGCUUCUAUUGACAAGAGUUUACAGGUGGCUCAGAAGGAGACUCAGAUCAGACUGCUGGAGGGCCAGCUCAGACAGACAGAUGUGAUCGGCUCGUCCCACAAUCACAUAAUCCUUGACGCCCUGCGAGAAAAGGCCGAGUAUAUUCCAGAACUUCAGGCUCUCAUCCACAACGUACAGCAGGAAAAUGGUUACGCCAGUACAGAUGAGGAGCCCUCAGAGUUCAGCCAAGCCUCUGACAGCAGUGUGUCUCAGAUGAAAGAAUCCAACAGCCAGGAAGAUUUCAAAUUAAAGGUGGAGCCUCGUCUGUCAGCCCAGAUGAAGGCAGUGUCUGCAGAGUACCUGGGUCCCAUCCUGGACCCCUCAUCAGGCAGCAAGCAGCAGCACAUCACCAAGUCUCUGGCUUCGCUGACGGACAUCCAGGAGGACGGCCUGAGUCUUGUUCCAGGGAGUCUGGGACUCAGUCUGGCUCUACGAGACACCUACCACCGGGACCGGGCGUCACGCACCAUCAGCCUGCCUGUCAGGGGACACACCUUUCCCAGGCAGUCUCGGGGUUAUGAAACUUCCCCUUUAACAAGAAGGAAAUCCUACGACCGCGCGUACAGGCCCACUGAUGGCUACACUCCCCCCUCCUCCCCUCCUCUGAGGACCAGAAACGACCGCAACGUCUUUUCAAGGCUCACCAGCAACCAAACCCAAGGUUCUGCUCUGGACAAGUCGGAUGACAGCGACUCCUCGCUCUCCGAGGUGCUCAGGGGUGUGAUCAAUCCCAUCGGGGGUGUGAAGGGGGGUCGGACGGCGCCCCUGCAGUGUGUGUCUGUAGCUGAAGGCCAUUCAAAGCCGGUUCUGUGCGUGGAUGCUACAGAUGAGCUGCUCUUCACUGGAUCUAAAGAUCGCACCUGUAAGAUGUGGAACCUGGUAACCGGUCAGGAGAUCGUCACCCUCAAAGGUCACCCAAACAACGUGGUGUCGGUUAAAUACUGCCCCUCCUCCUGCCUGGUGUUCUCUGUCUCCACCUCCUACAUCAAGGUGUGGGACAUCCGCGACUCGGCUAAGUGUAUCCGCACGCUCACUUCAUCAGGGCAGGUGGUCUCAGGUGAUGCAUGUGCCGGCACCACCACCCGCACAAUAACCUUUGCUCAGGGCGAGUGUCAGAUCAACCAGAUAGCCCUCAACCCGUCAGGAUCUGUGCUUUACGCUGCUGCUGGAAACACUGUUCGCAUGUGGGACCUCAACAGGAUGCAAGUGAUGGGAAAGUUGAUGGGCCACAUUGGCUCCGUCAUGUGUUUGACGGUGGGACAGUCUCUGCUGGGCAAAGACCAAGUGAUCACUGGUUCCAAAGACCAUUACGUCAAGGUGUUUGACGUAGCAGAGGGAACUAUGGGUAAUAUAGGUCCAGCUCAUAACUUUGAGCCGCCGCAUUACGACGGCAUCGAGUGUUUGGCCGUACAGGGAGAUGUGCUGUUCAGCGGGUCGAGAGACAACGGCAUCAAGAAAUGGGAACUGGAGCAGCAGGAGCUCACACAGCAAAUCCCGAACGCCCACAAGGACUGGGUGUGUGCUCUGGCGUAUGUACCGGGUCGACCCAUGCUGCUGAGCGGCUGUCGGGGUGGCAUGCUGAAGGUGUGGAACGUAGACAACUUCACUCCCAUUGGAGAAGUCAGAGGCCAUGACAGCCCCAUUAACGCCAUAUGCACCAAUUCAAGGCAGAUCUUCACUGCGUCCAGUGACUGCAGGGUGAAGCUGUGGAACUAUGUGCCAGGUUUGACCCCAUGUCUUCCUCGACGGGUCCUGGCCAUCAAGGGCCGAGCCACCAGCCUCCCAUGAUUGCCUCUUCUCUGCUCACCAACCCUCCCCUCCUCUGCGACAAAACAGUGAAGAUCUGGCUGUCAAAGGUGUGGAGGAAGAGGUGAGAACUGAAGUGGCUGUGGUUUCUCUGCCAGGCAUCUUGAUGCAACUUCAGCCACUGAUCUGUGACCUGCUCACUUCCAGCACUGAAAGGUGACACUGAAAUCACAGUUUCCAAGGUGAUCCAGGAGUUUUUUUCUGUCGCAAUGCAACACAACAAAGCCGAAGUGAAACAUGUAGUUGAAGGGGAAAAAAAAUGUAUUUGCCUUUGUGAUUUUUUUUUUUUUUUACUGCUAAUUUGAAAGUGCCAUUGAGAUGUGGUGCAACUAUGGAAAAGAUAAACUGCAUCUGCCUGACUGUGGAUACACCAGACAAAACAAUUUCUCUCCUGACAUGAAAACUACCACAGCCUGGGAUUAAAUGAAAAAGUGUCCUUCAAUUUGUUCACCAAGGAGUGAGAUGAAUCUGUUCAGAGACGUGCAUUCAUGAAUCUGAUGUUUGAGAAAUCAAGACGUGGCCCGAAUUUAAAUCCAGGAGUGCCGCAAACUAACAGCUGGGACUUCUGUUCCUCCAGUCAAGACUGUUUCAGUAGCACUGUGGCUGUUCUGAAUCUGAACACACUGGACAAUCACACUAUGUGUUCAACAGACUAUCGCUGAUCUUGAGUUGGACAUCACUGGAAAAAGACACCACCACUUUACAUCCUGUUGUUUACUUCAGAUUUGCUUCCCUUUAGUUUCUCUCAUCGAAACUUUAUUGAGUUCCACAAGUUGUGCUAUUUUUUGAAUACUGCUUUUGUUAAUUUAUUAUUUUCCCUACCUCAGUUGUUAUGGACUUUGACACGAGGUGGGAGAGAACAUUUUUACGGGUCUCUGUGUACAAACAUCUGGUGCUUGACAUUUUGAAGUCUUUAUUCAAUGUCUGGCUCUUCAUCUCUGUGUGAAUGUGUCCUCUGUGGCACUCCGGCUAUCAGACCGUCUGGCUGCUGACCUUGCAAGCAGGGAAGCACACGUCUAGUAGCACAACUAAGGUAGCACCAGUCCUGGAGGACCUGACUGGAUCGUAUUAUCUACUCUGUAAAGUGCUAACUGUGGCAAAAGCAAGAAACACCCCUGCACAAGACAUAAACAGUAUGCCGUCGAUGUGAGAUAGGUACUGCACUCAGACCAAAGUGCCAGAUCAUUAUCUCAACCAACGUACAGUAUGUGGCCCAUACCUGCCAUUUAUCCCUCUUGCAAACAGUAAUAGGAGCCCUUCCAGUUACCCCUGCCUGUUUUCAGCUCCACUCUGAUCUUUAAGCUUAGUGGCAGCGUCAGACUGACCGGCCUUACCGAGGAGUCCACCUGCUUCGCAGCUACUGAACUUCUCCGGAAAGCCAAUUUAAUUAGAGCUCUCACAGCUCUACCAGCUGCUUUUCAGGCAAGAUUACUUGAGUGAAAGUAGGUCAUAACUGAGAGGGAUUUUUAUUAUUUUUUUUAUUAAAAUCUCCACCCACUAUUUGCUGCUACACUUACAGACGGGAAUAAAGUUCCUGUACCCGUGCACUGAUGUACAAAUCUGUUUAUGUGGCAGAUUAUGUGUGUGGGCACACACAUGCAUAUGCACAAGUUGUGGACACACACAAAUACAAGAUUUCAGUGGAUGUUUCGGUUAUCCAUCUUGCCUGAUAGGUCUUGGCAUCCCUCACUGUGUUGAUUUAGUGUCUCUUUAAUGAAACAAAUUCAGCACUGCAGCACUCCACUGAGGCACACUUAUGCACAUUCAUACUCACACCUACAGGUCACAGUUGGCCCUAAAAGUCAACUCAAUUAUUUUUUUGUUGUCUGAUGCUUCUAAAUACUGAAAAUAGCUUGCAUUCACAUCACUCUAUGAACUUUUUCUGUGCCGCUCUAAAAUGAAAAGAAGCCUUUUAAAGCUUCUUGUCAAACAGAUGUCGUACUGCUCCAUUAAAAACCCAGUUCAUGUUUUGUUCAUCUCAGCAAUAUCACUCCUUCUGUUGAAAAAAGCCAACAUUUUGAUGAUUUAGUGCACUUUUCCUUGUAAAAGACCCAGAGACAUAUAGUAUGUAGUUAAUUUAAGUGAUGCUUGGAUCAUAAAACAGCAUUCAUAGUGGCUGAAAGCAGAAAGUACUUUCAACAUGCUUUCUGUAAACUCUGCUCUAAUAAGUGAGUCUAUUCUACUGCUGUUUCAUGUAUCCAACAUGAGUUUGAAGCUGCUUAAACUCUCCAAAAGCAAUUAUAAGGGUUUUAGUGUUGUGUUUUGGGGAUCAGGGUUUGUUAUGAAUGCAAAUAUGUGGAUGGGGUUAAUUUGAUGAAGUAUUUUUGGGUGUAAUAUUUUGCUAUGAUUAGCAACUCAGGUAAAGGUUGAAGGAUAAUUUAGUCAUAUUUUAGUCAUCAUUUGACCCUUGCUAGCUUUUUGAAUCGACCAAAUGCCUUGUUUGAGAGAUUUUUUUACUUGGAGAAAAAUGGUACUAUCAAUGUUUCAUUGCUUUUUUUGUAAAGUACCCAUUUCCACCUUUUGCUUUUGCAUUUGAAUCCCUUUACUUAUUAUCUAUGUACUGUGCUUCUGUGUACAAAAUGUACACAUUUUCAAUGGCAUCUUCCCAAUCUGGCCAAAGCUGAAAGUCUUGCAACUCUAAGAAGAUGUGCACUGAUUUUUUUGACCAUAAUUACUUGUUGGUGUAUAAAAUACUGUAUUUGUAUAGUAGUUUGCCUAUAUAGCUGGAGUGAGUGGUACAAAACAUGUGGUCAGUGGGGAAAUUAACCUCCAUAAUAUAAUGGGUUAUAUUCUUUGACUUCCAGUCCACUGGGCCCCUCACUGUACGCUGUGUAUUUAUCUGUGCCAAUUAGCCAAACUGACCCUGCUCACCAGCUCAGCAAUGUGUUUCAUGUGGUAAUAAUGCUAAGACAGGCUUUAUCUCUGUUUUUUUCUUCCACUUCUCCAGACUCCUGCUUAUUGCUAGAGAAGAUCUUGUAGUACUGUAGCUUUAGGCACUCUCUGCUGUGCCCUGUGCUUGUACAUUUGCUGAAGGAUGCAUGAUGCUAGUGGUGCUGAUCGGUUGACGUAGCAGUUCAGUGGGCAAGUCAUUUGUCCUUGUAUUGGCUAUCUAAAUGAUGAACACCUGAGUAGAUUUACUACCAGAAUCUCAGGAGGAUGGGGCCAUUUGUCUGCAUUCGAAAGUGUUGACAGUCUAUGAAUUAUGCAAAAAAAAAAGAUGUUACCAAAAUGUUGAGUGUGCUUCACAAAAUCUGCUUAAGAGUUAUUAUAGCUACACAGAAGCCCUAAAUUAUCUUCUGACCUUGGAUCAGCCAAAUCUAAAGUUGCUCCAAGCGCUGAGAAGUGUACUCCAGCCUAUGUCAGCACCACUUCAUUACUUGAUGAUGUGUAAAUAAUUGUGUCAUACCUUUUACAGAGGAGAUGCAGCUGAGGUUAACUGGCUUCUUUCUCAUCAGCUCACCUCAGUUUCAUCUCUGAAAGUUAGGAUUUACAUGCACUUUGGAAAACAGACACUGCUGUGAACACUCUCCUAGCUGUUUUCCAGAUAUGUAAUAAGCCAAGUUUUAGACUUAGUUUACAAGGAAAUGGUUUAUGAGUCCUAAACAAGGCUUAAACCGCUAAAAGUGUACUGAAAAGAUCACAUCUGUUUAGAUCUACAGUAGGGUUAGAAAUCAACGAUAUUAAUGUUUCUGUUGACAUAAUAUGUAAGAUAAUGGUUAAAAUAUAAAAAAGACAGUCCCCUGCCUUUAAAGUCCCUUUUUAUAGUACCUGAAAAUGAGCAUUUUCACUUUGGCAGAGCAGCAUGUAAACCUUUGUAGGUGCUCAGGAGAGUCCAUCCUUAUUUCCCUGGUUGACUGCUGGCAUUCAGGUGCUGUUCUUAAUAUAACUGACCACAAACAGGACAUAUUACUCUAUGAAAAAUACAAUCAGAGACACAAGAUGAUCUACACAUAAUCUAUUUCUUUUGCAACAAUUAAGGAAACAUCCUACUCUUGAAAUGAUCUUUCAGACAGGGAUAUUACCACACUAAAUGUACAAUUUAGCUUUUAGUGUAUUACUUGAGCAAUAUCUUGCUCUGAACCAGGCUACUUGAUUGCUAUACCAGGUGAUUUUAAGAAUCUAUAACUAUUGUAGCUACUGUAGAUCCUUAGAAAUCCCCUUUAGCAUCUAGUUUCAGUGUUGACCAAUGUACCUGUUAAAGCUAAAAAUCACUUGAACCGCUAAUAUCUUGGUCAGUCUUUAAAGCACCAGUGUGUGUAAUUAAAAUGUCCAACACUGGUCAUCCCCAGUGGUAAAUUAUCAUUGCUGCACCUGAGGAAACAACGAAUUGACCAUUUGCUAAACCUCACUACCCUGAGUUAUUGUCAGUACAAUGUCAAGCUGCUCACUCUCACACAGCACAUGCAUUUUAUAGUGGUAGCCAUCGAAAUCUCUAUUUCUUGAUUUUAAAAAAAUAAAUCACUUUUACCAGAAAAGAUGUAAAAACUAACUGAUGAGCCUAGAUCUAAAAUUAUCUAACGCAAGUUUGGCUGGAGUCGCUCCAGUAUUUCCCCAAUACAAACAAUGAUCAGGACGGAGCUGCUAGUGUAAUAUAUUAACCUUUGGCUCUUGUUGCAGUGGAUUUACUUCUGUAGGUAGUAAGCUAGUAAGCCAUGCCAACAUACCACACUGUUGUAUCCAUUCCUUACACUUAUGUAAAGGAUAAAAGAUUGUGAACCCUUUCUAUUCUAGAAUUUAAAAUAAAAUAAAACAUCAGAUUUUCACGCAAGUCCAAAAAGUAGAUAAAGAGAACGCAGUUAGGCAAAAGAGACAGGGAUAUUUUUUCCCCCAAAAUACCUCCAAUGGUUCAAAAGUGACUUUCUGAAGAUUUCAUUGAAUAUUGAGACCAUAUCUGACCAGGAUUUGCAAUAGUAAACAUUUUUAUCCUUUUAUGUGCACAAAGGUACCAUUGUCAUUUUCAAACCACCCUAGCAGUAACAACAACAAAAAAAAGCAUUUUUCCUACCAGUGAAAAAUGACUGGAGAAAUUCCUUCAAACUAAUCAAUAUUGUUUCUCGUUUAAUCUGCAGCUGAACAGAUUUUCCAAAAUGUUCAGUUGUUUUGAUGAUAUUGCAACCACAUUUCAGCCAAUUGAAAAGACAUUCAGACAGAAUACAAAAAUCAGCGUGUAAAUCCUAGUCAGUGCUCAGUAGAAUGAUCAUAUUGGAGGCUCGGGUCGACUGUUUCCUCAUGUUGAGAAAUCCAAAGUUUCACAGGCCUGCUAUACUCAGUUGUACUUGAUGAGCUACAAUUAGACGAUCACAUGUUUGGGGGUAUGGUUUAGCAGAUAGUUAAUUGUCUGAAAGCAAAAGUUAAAAUGCACCAAUAUUUACAUGCAACAAUUUUCCACACAAGACAACAGAACAGGUUGGAGAGUCGAGUUGCCAGUCAAACCGAUUGUGUGAUUACCAUCUUUUCCUUCCCAGCCCGACCACCUUGUGACUAUUAGGCUAAAGAACCUAAGUAGUCAGCGUCAGCAUUAGCCUCCUGCCUCAGCCAACAGGCCUUACUGCCUUAUAAAACAGAAUGUGAAUGUAGGACAUUGAUAGUCAUUCACCUAAAAUCCUGAAUCUGUACCAGACGUCUUCUGAGGAUUGUAGAUUGUCCUACAGAUUGUGCAGUUCUGUUCUAAGUGAGUUAACGUCUUUGCUCGCUUUAUCAUUAUGGCUGAAAAGACUUUCAACUUUGCCUCAGGCUGCUGAGGGGAUGGGAUCCUAUUUAGACACAAUCUAGAGGGCUGUUGAUCAAGAGGGCACUUCACUGCUCUGCUGCAUGGUGGUGAAUCUCUAUCACACACGUCUUUCUCUGCAGCUGCUCAAGUAGUUCUUCUCGUAACUACUUCUAGUAUGUGACAACGUCUGUGAAAAUACGUACUCAUGGGACAUAAAUGCAGGGUCAAAGGUCAUUUGUGCCUUUUAUUGCACAGACUGCUCCCUCUUAAAUGAGUGUAAAUGUGUGUACAGUUUUUUUUAUAUAUAUGAUACUGUGCAUGUAACCAAGCCAUGUAAUAUAUGUUUUGACUGUAAAUAGUGUAAAUAAAUAUUUAAUGAAGGAUCCAAUGUUCCCUCGAGAAAAUAAAUCACCUCAAAACAAA